GGAAACAAUUCGGUAAAUCAAACGUUCCUAGUCCUUUAGAACAACCAGUUAUCAGUUCCUUGUGCACAAUAGUGGCGCUAUCGGGUUUGCACUUGGGACUUGACAGUGCAAAAUCCCGUACAUUCGGUUCAUCUCAAAUGCUUUGCUACAACACACCUCAUUUAUAAAGGAAGCAUUUACCCAAGAACAAUGGCAGAAAGCGGUGACACGGAAAUAAAGUUAGAACCAAACAAGGGAAGUGAUGAUGAAAAUGACAGCAAUGAUCGAGUCUCCUCCCAUGUAGCGGAAGUCACAGAAACUAUUCACAACCCUGGAGACACUGAUUCAGACACUAAACAACACGGGGACGGCCCUCAAUCCAACCCAAGAAUUACUACAAAAGUUGACAAGGGGAAAGACAAUGAAAAUGGGCAGAGACCAAAAGGGUUGACUGGAGAGAAGCAGAAUCAUGAACAGAAGGACGUACAGAAGACUGCACAGGAGGUCAAACAAGAGAACAAUGAAUCCAGCGUGAGAAAAAGUGAAAUAGAUCAUGACUCCUCCCAUGAAGGGUUGAUUGGACAGAAAGAAGAGGCCGAACCUGAGGCCGAACCUGAGGCCGAACCUGAGGCCGAACCUGAGGCCGAACCUGAGGCCGAACCUGAGGCCGAACCUGAGGCCGAACCUGAGGCCGAACCUGAGGGCGAACCUGAGGGCGAACAUGAGGGCGAACAGGAUAAAAUACAUGUGCACGAACAGGAUGAUAUACAGGAGGACAAUGAAUCCACUAAGAGAAAAGAAGAAAGGGAUCGGUGGAUUCUUAUUGCCCUUGCGGUGGUAUUUGCGUUCUUUGCUUUGCUAUAUCAGCUUUCUUACUCAACCCCACCUGUGCAAAAAGAUGUUGAUGUGGUGGAUGUGUUCAUCGAAAGAAUGGAAAAAGUUAAGUCUAGCUUUCCAAAUCAGCGUCCAGAGCUCUGGAAGAGAAGUCAGAUUCAUAUCAGCCGCCACCUAAAGACUAUUAACCCCACUGAGCCAGUCAGUCUGAUUCUGACAUCUGGUUAUGGCGCCGAAAGAACGCUCGGUUGUCUGGCUCAACGCUUGGCUGAGUCCUUUUCCGGUGCUCUUAAUUCUUCAGUUCUGAACAUUGAUGGAAAAAGCAAAACGUCGCAAGACAGUGACCAAGUCAAGCUAGACAUUGAUAGUGAUUUGAGGGAAGCCUUUGGGGGUGAGAAGCUUGCGGCAGUUAUACAACGCUUUGAGGAGCUCCCACCUGGAUCUACUCUCAUCUUCUACCGUUACUGCGACCAUGAAAAUGCGGCUUAUAAAAAGGUCCUUCUGGUGUUUACUGUUAUGCUGGAUGCGUUAGUGGAAAUCCCUUAUAAUGCCUCUCUAGCUGGAAUUGAGGACAUGGUACUUGAGCAAAUAAAACAGAAGUUUGUCUCCUCGGACAAGUCAGCUGUGUUUAAUCAAAUGGACGUGGAUAAAUUAAGUGGACUGUGGAGCAGAAUCUCUCACCUCAUCCUGCCGGUGGCUGGAGAGGAGAUGAUUGAACAGCAGGGCUGUGGGUCUGAGGGUGAAUCAUUCUGAAAAUAGUUCAUGGACGUUUAGACUCUUUGCACAAAUUACUACUUGAAAUAUUCAACUAAUUUGCCUCUUAAAAGAGGGCUCUAUACUUUGGAUACAAACAAUUGUUUAUUUGAGUUGUUGUGUGCUUCUGUGUGGAUGAUGACCCUCCGAAUUGUUCAUUUAACAUAUUAAACGCAUGAUAUUGAUUUAUUAUGAAUCUGAGUGCUUUAAACAGAAGGAAAUGUUUUUUUUUUCCCAUUCAGAAUGUUUGUAUCUAAAUUAUGUUUUAAACGUCAAUGAAGGUUGUUCUUAAUCUAUUUGGUUGGCCAGGGAUUGCAUUGGGAAAUAGUUGUACUUGGUGUCUAUGAUUAUUAUUUUGUUAAUUUUUAACCAUGGCUUUAAUAGAGAAAACAACAGUGCCUUAAUAAAUACACAUUCUUC